AACUGCUUGUGGCUGGGAGAAACAAUUCCAAACGUGGUUUUUGGAGGGGUUUCCUAAGAAGCAGAAGACCGGGCCCUGUGUAGGUCGGGAAUAGUGCGUGGAAGAUCUCCUCCUGCCUUUCAUGCUCCCACCCCCUCUCCCUCCUAUGGGAUACGGUGCAGCUGGGGGUGGGGGUAGGCCGACCCUUUUAUAAACGUGGUCUUGUGGCAAGGCGAAGUUGACAGGAGUGACGGAAGAUUUGGCUUGCUGCAAGGUACCUGGGAAUGACCAGAGGGGGAAUGGAAUCAGUUGAAGUGUUCACGACUGAAGGUAAAGGCAGGGGCUUGAAAGCACAGAAGGAAUUCUUGCCUGGAGAUGUCAUCUUUGCGGAGCCAGCCUAUGCUGCUGUGGUUUUUGAUAGCCUGACACACGUAAUCUGCCACACCUGCUUCAAACGACAGGAGAGGCUCCAUCGCUGCGGCCAGUGCAAGUUCGCCUACUACUGCGACCGGACCUGCCAGAGAGACGCCUGGCUGAACCACAAAAAUGAGUGCUCUGCCAUCAAGAAGCACGGCAAGGCACCCACUGAGAACAUCAGGCUGGCAGCCCGGAUCCUGUGGCGGAUAGAGAGAGAAGGCGGUGGGCUGCCAGAGAACUGCCUGGUCUCUAUUGAUGACCUGCAAAACCACGUGGAGAGCUUUGAUGAGGAGGAGAAGAAGGACCUCCGUGUUGAUGUGGAAAGCUUCCUGGAAUUCUGGCCGGCCCAGAGCCAGCAGUUUGGCAUGCAGUACAUCUCCCACAUAUUUGGAGUGAUCAACUGCAAUGCCUUUACCCUCAGUGACCAAAGAGGACUGCAAGCUGUUGGUGUGGGAAUCUUCCCCAACCUCUGCCAGGCCAACCAUGACUGCUGGCCCAACUGUACUGUCAUCUUCAACAACGGCAAUCAUGAGGCUGUAAGAUCAAUGUUCCACACACAGAUGAGGAUUGAGCUGCGGGCACUGAGCAAGAUCUCCCCAGGAGAUGAGCUGACUGUGUCCUAUGUGGACUUCCUCAAUGUGAGUGAGGAGCGGCGGAAGCAGCUGAAGAAGCAGUACUACUUCGACUGUACCUGUGAGCACUGCAAGAAAAAGAUCAAAGAUGACCUGAUGCUGGCAGUGAAAGAGGGGGACAAGAAGCCUUCUGCAGAGACAGUGAAGGAGGUUAUCCAGUUCUCCAAGGACACACUGGAGAAGAUCAACAAGGCCCGCCUGGAGGGAACUUACCAUGAAGUUGUGAAGCUGUGCCGUGAGUGUCUGAAGAAACAGGAGCCUGUGCUGGGAGACACAAACAUCUACCUCCUGAGGAUCCUCAGCAUUGCCUCUGAGGUGCUCUCCUACCUCCAGAUGUUUGAGGAAGCAGCUGAAUAUGCCAAGAGGAUGGUGGACGGCUACAUGAAAAUAUACCAUCCCAACAAUGCACAGCUGGGGAUGGCUGUGAUGCGAGCAGGAGUGACCCACUGGCAUGCCGGCCUCAUUGAAGCUGGACACAGCAUGAUCUGUAAAGCCUAUGCCAUUCUCCUGAUAACCCAUGGACCUUCCCACCCAAUUACCAAAGACCUGGAGGUCAUGCGUGUCCAGACGGAGAUGGAGCUGCGCAUGUUCCAGCAGAAUGAGUUCAUGUACUACAAGAUGAGGGAAGCUGCCCUCAAAAACCAAAAGAUUCAAGUCAUGCCUGAACCCAGCAAUGAGGCCCCACCCAGCCUCUUCCACAAGAAGGAAUAAAUAUUGAGCUUGACACAAAGACGUGCCUGUUAGGUAACACCACCUGUGGCACCUCCAGACAUGGGGAAUGUGAUAUGUGAAUGUGAUACAUCCCCACGGAUUGUUUCCAGUGCCACCAGUUUGAGAGCAUGGACCAGCAGGGAAAGUCCUAAAAUCUCCUGAGAGCUCACAGAGGAGCUCUUGGCAAAAACAACAUCAUUUUCUACCACAAGCAUUAAAAAUCAGAGCAAGAAACCUGCUAUAAAAUUAUUUAUAUUCUUACUGAAAGCCAGUUUCUCUCUGGGCAAGUCCUGCAGUCCUCAGUUAAAUUUUUAAUUGGUUCUGUCCUAAUAUUUUUCCAUCAUUUCCUUGUGAUGACAUCACUUCUUGCCAGUGAUAUCUAUGUGUGGUUGACCAAUAGACAGUAUAAGUGGGAAGCUGGUUCCAAGAAGAGACUUGUAUGCCUGUGGGCGUCAAGUGCAAAGCAACUAAAAACACAGAUGGUAUUUUGAGUAGAGUGAUCUUUUUCUGAUGAAAAACUGAUGCACAAUGGUUCUGCAGCUGACAUGGCUGCAAUAUCAAUCUGUGUGGACUCUAUGACUUGGUGCCUUAAUGGGAUUCCUGUCCAAAGAUAAAUAAAUUAAGAGAAGUUAGUUUGUUAAAAA